AUGCCGAGGACAGCUGGUAAAUGCAAAUGGUUCGACCCUAAAAAGGGCUACGGGUUCAUCACCCUGGACAAUGGCGAGGACGUUUUUGUCCACCAGAGCGAAAUCCAUGCCAACGGCUUCAGGUCACUGAGAGAGGAGGAACGCGUCGAGCUGGACGUUGUCUUGGAGAACAACAAGAAGAAGGCGAUCAGAGUCACUGGACCUCGUGGCGACUAUGUCCGAGGAGCCGAAAGUGACGGAAGAUUUCACAACUAUGACGGAGGUUAUAGACAAGAAUUCCGGGACUUUGAACGUGGCAGAAGGUACUAG